GUUUCUACCUGGAUUCUGACAACAGACAGAAUAACUAUAUUUGGAUUCAGUAAUGCUAUUUCAGUCUGAAGUGUUUUUUAUCGACAUCACAGAAUGAGCCAGCAGCCGCGAUCAGACCGGGGGCACCGGGAGAGGAACGGAGACCACCGGCAGCACAAUGGCGACCGGUCAACACCAUCCAACAGGUCCUCCUCAUCACCCCCAUAUUACCCCCGAGAAGCUGACUCACAUCCAAGUGCACGGGAACGAGUGAAUCACAGUGACUCCAAAUGGAACUACAUUUGCUCCAGAAGAGGUAUCAUCCUGAUCUGUGCUGUGCUGACCAACGCCCUGGUCCUCAUCUGUGUGGUCGCAGCUCAGAUGGUUACGUCGGGAAUGUCCUCGGCAGCCAGCAUGGGUGGCUUCAACCUCAACUCCAACAUCAACUUUGAGGGUACUGAGCUGCAGAAGCUACGAGAACUAGACAUGCAGUACAACCAAAUGAGGGCACCGAGCAUCUAUGGCGGCAUCCCCUUCAGCCUCACCUUUGGAAUAGUCUCACUGCUGUUCGUGGUGUCUGGGAACAAACCCCCCCACCGGAUGUCGCGAAAGCUCCUGUUUGGAGCGCUGGUCUUUCAGGCGGUGGGCGCAGUGGUGUAUGUGGUGGCUGUCGGCCUCUACCUGCACUUCAUGAUCAAAGUCAACUCCACAGAUGUGUGCAAGCAGCGGGAGAUUCUGUAUUCGCGGAACGGCUACACCUGGAUGAACUGUAACGUGAGUGGGGCCGAUGCAGCUGUGGCUCUGUUCGGACUCAUCACCGCCAUUCUGUACAUUGCUGGCACAGUGCUCACUUUCCAGACCAUUCAGCACGUGAAGCGUUACAUACAGGAACAAAAGCGGCGGGAAGAACAGAAAAAGCAGGAUCGGAACAACCCACAGAGGGCUCCGCUGUGGGCCGAGACCACAUCUGUGUGAGGGAGACUUGUGUACUGUGGUUAAGGGGACACUUUAGUUUCUGCUACAAUGACACCUGAACUGAUUGAAAGAGGAUUGGCUCCAAAUGUGUAAGACUGACAGACGGAUCACAGGAAACAUUUAAACUUACAACUCUUCAUUGUCCCCACAUGGACACAGCUACUUUGUAGUAUAAACUACUUCUGUGUUACUGCCCAAAAGUGACAGCUCACACACACUCUCACAAGUUUUCAGAUUCACUGGGGCUUUGACACAUUUGUGUAGGGAAUGAAAUA